AGAGGCGGAAAGUGAAUUUCACGAUCUCGCGCAAUUUUUUCUAAUCACGGAUGUUAAAAAUAAGCAGGCUCAAAUUAAUAAAGUGCAAUUUAAGGUGAAAGAAGAUAUAAUAAAAACGAAUAACCCAGCAGCGAACUAUAAAAAUCGCGAAUUGUGACAUUGCCCAGAGCGUGAAAAUAUUGUUCCAAACGAAAUUUACUGUCGAACUCAGCGGUUUCAACGGGAUUCAAAUUUCCGCUGGUUCAAAUGUCAUGGGUAAACCAACAAUUGACAAAUUACGUCGUACUUCCCGGAUAACUAUUUGUAAAAUUCUGCAAUGCCUAGCUGGAAAACAAAAAUGGGGAGUGGUCGAGCUUUUGCAUAUCGCGUGACGCUUGGAAAAGAGUAAAUCGAUAGAGGCGUCGCGACAUUUUCGUCGCGGUGGGAGGGAGUUACCUGAUAAAUGAAAGCGUAGUUGUUUAUAAGUGGCGGGAAAUCGAGAAUGCGUCGUUGGCAGAUGCCAUUAGCUAGCGACAUGAUUCAUAAAACGGAUAUUUUUCGCAAUAGUUUUCAUUAUUGUGUGUCGGUAGAGUAAAUUUCUACGGAAAGGAAAAUACCAUACGUAACAUUGUAAACGCGGCAGCACGGUAGCGGAGCGAAUGCGACAAUGCCAUUGGCUCCGAAUUUUAAUAAAGCGACAUCCGGCUGUCGAAAGCGGCAUGUUGAUUGGUCAAUUCAGCCCGUUGUCCGUUGCGCGAGCAGACUCGUGCCGAGGCCGAGUGAUGGGCGAAGUUGAUCGAAAGAAUUUCCGUAGCUAAUCGCGCAACAAGCGACAAAAGUACCGACGAAAUAUUUAUUGAUAAAGUAGUCUCGAGAACGCAGGGUUUCUACCAUAGUUUUAUUUUCUUUCUCAUCGCGGUGUAAGAGACGCCCUGUUGUGAAAUAACGCGUGACGUCGCGUGUAUUGUUUUCCUUUUUUAUUACCCCGUCUGUGAGAAUCCUCCCAAGUGUGCUUCUGCCGUUCUCUGCCUGCAUAAUACGCAGAAAAAAGAAUUAAAAAAAGAAAAAAAAAUAAAUCGCUGUUCUCAUUUCCUGUGUUCCCUAUCUCUCUCUCUCUCUUUCUCAGCGCGAAUCGAAAUCGUAAGUGCAAAAGCGUAUUUGAUUCACCUACUACGAAAUCCAAAAGUGCAAUGGCAGUGUGUCCGCUCCAACGAGUGAAACGAGUCUAAAGAUUAGUGUCCAACGAAUAUUGAGAAAGAGAAAGAGAACGUAUAAACGAGGAUGUGCGCGUUGUGGUGACCCACGUUCUUUCGUCCUAAUCCGUACCCGGAGUGUGAGUGUACGUGUAUGUUCCGCGGCCAAACGGAAGGGAAAAAAGUCUGCGUAGACGGAAUAGCAAGAAUGAACAGAACGGAGUGAGAAAGCGAUAACGUGAAACGAAAAAAAAAAAGAGAGAGGAGUAGAAGAGCCGCCCAUAACCGCCUCGGGCAAGCGAGAGCGCCAGCUAUCGGCGAAAGUGCGAGUGAGAGGAAGCAAGACGGAAUAACGAAAUCGCGCAACGUGAGGACAAGAGAGAGGAGGCUGAGGGAGCGGCGAGGAAACGCGGAGCGCGAAGCGCGGAGCGAGGAGAAGGCGGUGCAGGCCAGUACACUACGGGACUGCUCUGGGGAAGCUUCGCGCUUGCUCUCUUCUAUUCUAUGUGUGUGUGUGUGUGUGUGUGUGAGUAUGCGAACGGAGCGUCGCGAUCGGAAAGUGAAGAAUCGAAAAAAUAUAUAUACAUACACGUAUAGAUACGCGAAAAGUGAUUAGUGUACCUUGCACGCUCUUGUGUUACUUGUGUAUGUAUCCGCGCCCGCGUGUGUGUUUGCAUAUGUGCUCGCGUGCAUUUAGUGUACGAUAACGUGAAAAUACCGAAAAAUAAUAGUAACAGUGGUCGGAGAAAAAUUCGGUAUUUACUACGCACGGCAGUUCAAAUCUUUCAAGAUUUCGUUCCCUGUAUCUAGCACUCGCUCUCUCCUCUCUUGGAGUUUUUGGUAUCGUGUAGUGGCGGUGCGCGGUUCGGCGAGCGCGUGUUUUUUCGUCUGAAGACCUGGGUGUGACGGAUAUACGAUUAUACAUCCUGUAAUACGUAAUAGUGGACGAAAAUUUAUCCCCUAGACGAUGGGAAUUUAAAAAAUUGGACGAAGAAAAGAGCGUCAUCGAUUUGUCAAGUUUUUAGGCUACGGCAAGGACGGAUAAAAAUGCUAUCACGGUGAAACUAGAUUCGUCCUCGAAGAGUUCCGAUCAAAUUUUCCGCUCGAGAUGAUGAAAAAUAAGGAGGCUUUCGCGUUGCCAAUCGAGAUCGUCUAGCUUCGUUACUAAUUAAUCCGUUGAAGUAAAUCGAGUAUUCAUUGAACCGAGGAUAACGAGUGAGACGAGUGCAUACACAAAAGGAGCGAAGGAGCAGCCUGUAUUCCAGUCGAUAUUCUUGCAUCUGGAUAUUUUCAUUGUUGAUAAAGAAAGAAGAGCGAGGAAGAGGAGAGGCGGACGAUGGAUGAAUGGGAGUGAGCACGGUGCCUGAGCAGCGCAGCUGUGGGCGGCGGGGUGACGGCGGGUUGUUGCCUCUGGAUGUCGAGGCAGCAGCACCUGCAUCGUCAGUGGCAGUGAUGGCCCCUGCUCUGACGGAAAGCGGUCCACAAAAGCCUGAAAAUUUGCUAAACCCCUUACCGGCUGGUGGAUUUCUCUCCGCUGAACAGGCUGCCCAGGUCUGUCAGAAUCGCGAAGUCCUGGCAAAGUUCGUCGUAUCAGCGAGCGUCCAGCCGUCGAAGAUAGACGAUCGGUGCCUGCGCGGUAUACCAAAGGAUCUGAUUCGUGAUGUCAUCAAUUCGUCAAAGUACAGCAACGGUCUCGAUAGCCUGUCGACAUAUCGCAACGAGAACGAGGUUGUCGACACGGAAGCUGAUUUGAUUGUCGCGGCUGCCGCUGUUGCCGCUGCCAUAAGGGAAGUUGACGUAAACGACGACGAGGUUGACGAAGUCGGUGAUAACGUCCCUAAAAAGCACAAUAUCACAUCGUCGUCGUCGUCAUCGUCAUCCUCGUCAUCAUCAUCAUCCUCGUCAUCAUUCACGAAGAAUAGAUUUUUCAACAAGGAUACCGCCAACAAGGAUAAUUGCAUCAACAAAACAGCGAGGCGAGAUUCUGUCAUCGACGCGAAGAACGAAAACAGCAGCAGCAGCAAAAAUUCUUCCAACCAAGAGGCGAAAGAAUCCUCGGAGAAUCGAUUUUUUAUAAUGAGCAGUGAUUCCUCCGCUGGUCAACGGACCGAAGAUAUGGGUUUUACUAAAACAUCAACGACAACGUCAUCAGCGUCAAUAACGAAUUUUAACGACGAUAUCGUCAUGGGUAACUCGACGGAUUUGGAGCCGAGACUGGUAAACAGUUUGGGCUCGAUCGUAAAUACCGAUUUGACCUCCGUCGUUGAGAUCGAUGACAAGGACGAUCAUCUCGACGUCGAUCGUAUUGUCGGUACUUUUACCACGGAUGAUUUGCCGAACGAGGCGAUCUCCGGUAUCGGCGGUGUCGUCAACGACAUUGGCCAGAACGUCGAAGAAAUAUUGCAAGUCAUUAAAUCCAUGGAAGGCGCCGAAUCCGUUGGCUCGAUCGCCAAUGAGAAUUCAUCGACCGAACCCUCUCAGAACGAGAUAUUUCCUAUUUCCGAAACUUUUUCCUCCUUCGAGAGAGAUUAUCUCAAUGACGUCGAUGUUGACGUUAUGAAUAGCCUCUGUACCGACAACAUAAACAUCGUUAAUAUUGAGAAUGUCGAGCAAGAUACCCAACAGCGGGGAGUAAGCGUUGACUUGGACGCGAUGCAAGAAAACUCGGAACAACGACAGUUUGAAACCGAGAGACGCUGCGCGUUCCUGUUACGGAGAUUACGAAAAUUACAAGCGAGAUUGUUGGGACGCCACGUAGCGGAGGAAACGACCGGUGUACUCGAGCUCGCUCAUCAUAGCGUGAAAAAAUAUUUUUUUCAAGAAAUGACUAACAUGGGAACGAAUAACGUCGGUAGAAAUUAUAGCCAAGAAAUUGGCGGUAGUCUCAGUGAUUUUAUCGCGAAAAUUGAAAAAUCCUGCGCCGUACAGAGCAACAGCGUUACCAAUCGACAACGCAACGUUUGUCGUUACUUUGGCGCCGGUUCCCGCGAUAAUUCCACCCUCUCCACCACGACCAACGAACGCACCGGUGGAAAUCCUCUAACGUCAAUGAGACUGGGGAUUUUCGGUAAUCCUCAGGUCAAUAUCGAUGGUACCGAGGUCGAGAAUGUCGCUGGCAAUCUCGCCAAGCAGAUCGAGAUCGUUGAGAGUAAUCUUGACUCGGAUUGCACGGCCUCGAGUUCUGGUGGCGAGAGCUGCGACGAGAUGCAGACUUUCAAUAAUCCACACCAACAAACACUUCCUAUCUCGAAGCGAGCUAGCUGGCGGUACGCUCAGGACCGUGCUGGCGUCGCGUCACGAUGGACGUGGUUACAAGCACAGAUCUCCGAUCUCGAGUAUCGCAUACGUCAGCACAACGAUUUGCAGCGUCAAGUUAGAUCGAGCAAGGGUCUUGUUGUCCUCGAAAAUUCUGAAACCGUGAAUGGUUAUAGCGGCGUAUUGCCUGGAUCAACCGGACGUUGCAAUACUACUGAAAUGACGGAACCGAUGGCUAGUCGAACGCGACCAUUUAUAUGGGGAAUUUAUCGUAAACGUAAAUUAUUGCAAGUCGAAAGACUCCACGAAUUGUCGAAGAGAGCGGCCAAGUCCUCGACCGUUCGUUGCGACUGUGAUCACAUUUUGCCGUCUUGUGCACUCUGUACCGGUCGCAGGGAUCCGAGACAACCCCAAGAACCGAUCGAAUUGUUAUCGAUCCCCGAAAGAAUCGCUCGAGUCGACCCGAGCUUUCAUCCUGUUCUUUCGUCCCCUGAUGACAUCGUUCACGGGACCCAUUUCGAGGCAAUUAUGAGAUCGGUGGAAUGGCAACAGAAAAUGUUGCGAGGAAAUCUUCGAAUGCCUCGAAUAAAGGACAAAGAGAGCGGAGCCGAAAAGAGAAGCAAAAAACCUCAACCACAACAACAGCAGCAGCAACCUCAACAGCAGCAGCAGCAGCAGCAGCAACAACAACAACCACAACAGCCACUAAUACCGCCGGAACAUAGAACAAAAUAUACCUCGAGAAUGAAAAAAUCUUCGAGUAUUCUCACCGCCAGAAUCAAGAGGAAGAUGCUGAAGGGAAAACGAGAACGUUCGAGUCACGGCCGAGUUCACGGUGGUACGGUUAGUGCGAGAAAAAGAGCUGCGAAAUUGACCCCUCAGCAACAGCUCGAAGACGACGACGAUGUCAGCGCCCUCUCGAGCUCGAGCAAACACUCGUCACCAGUGCCUUCCCCCUUGCAACAGCAUCACACGACAUCCACCAUUGUUGAAAAAAAUUCGAUAAAGGAAAAAACAUCAAAUUCUUACGGACGGCUGAGACAAAAUUCGUACGACAUUGAUAACAUCGUCAUACCUUAUAGCGUCGCAGCUUCUACGAGACUCGAGAAAUUACAAUACAAGGAAAUACUAACACCAAAGUGGAGACUGUGCGAAGAGAUUUCGAAAACGGAUGUGAAGAACGGUGUCGUGCACAGGCCUAGUCAAGACAGCGAUGUCGAAGAUGUUUCGGACGAAGCUAUUGCGAUGAGGCACGAGAGGAGCGAGCGCGAGGAGAACAAACGAUUCAUGACGUAUGUUAACAUGCCUCAUCAUGGACGGAUUCGGCAGAAUCGUCGAGCAGACAGUCGCGCAGACAGCGGAGCUAAUACUCCAGAUCCAAUGUCGCCACACGCAAGUGAUUUCGGAGGCGAUGUCACAUCUCCGAUCACUUCACCACCGGCGACACCCUCCUGUGUUAAUCCGGAUACGGAACAACAGCAGCCCCCGAGCCUCGAUGGACAGAGGGGUUCCUCGUUACAGAAUGCUAUACGACGGAGAACAAUCUCGACCAUGAGGCUCGUCAAAGACGACACGGGAACUCCUUUCACCGAGGAUGAUAACGAGCGGGCAUUUGAAAUUCAGAUACCACCGUACGACCCACGUAUAUUUCCUCUCACCGAGGAGACUUACGACAAAAUGCUCGAAGUUAUGCCGGACGGAUACUGGCAAGCAUCGACCGGGUCUCUCUGCUCUCGAGACGAAGAUAAGAUCGAAGAAGAAGCUGAGAUCGAAUCACCUGAAUCGGAUUCGACGGAAUCGGCAUGUUGCGAUGUUGAAGGCGAGGAUCCGAACGAUCCUGAAUGGACUGUAGCCGACGAUCGUGACACCGAGAAAGAAAGAAUUCGACCCACGGCCAAGAGAUAGGAGAGAAGAAUAUUUGUCAUUGCGAUAAUAACUAUAUUGAUAAUAAUGAUAACGAUAAUUCAUCAUCUCUCUGUAAUAAUACUACUCGUUAUGAGUGUUAUUUCAAUGCGAAAUUCGUCAAUCUCUCGUUGUUUAUCGUUAAGCGAAGAAUUACAUAAUUUUUCAUUCACGCUGACAACGUCGAUGACGAUAUUAUGGUUAUUUAUCGAUUGAUAAUGCAAGAAAGCAAAAAAAAACCAACCAACAUGAAAAACAACAAAACGUUACUACAUAAGCGGAUGCUACCUGUCAAUUGUUAUAUAUACCCCUGGGUAAUGUGACAUGCACCUUAAGUUAAUAGUAUUAUGAAUCUGUAAAGUGUAUUAUAAAUAUAAAUUUUAUAACUUCAUUGGGGAUUGGCCUUUACCUCGGUUAAUCAGCAGUUUGUGGAAACAAAAAACGAUGAAACGAUUGAAUCGAUGUAAAAAAAAAAAACAAACAAGAAACAAAAAGUGCUACAUGUAAUAUAGUGUCAAUUCUGUGUUUUGCAGUUGCGUCAAACUUCCUUAUAAAUGGGAAGUCAUUUUUUUCUACUGCUACUCUUUUUAUUUUAUUAUUACUUGAUGAUUAAUAUUAUUUUUAUCGCAGUAGGAUUAAUUAAUUGAACGGGCCAAAGCGUUAGAAUUUAUCCGUACUUUCUCAUGUAUUUUAUUUUUCCAUCUUUUCAUACAAUUUGUGUUUCAAGCGUUACACACAUAUUUCUCUUCCUUCGUUCCAUCUAUUUUACGCUGUAAUUUUUCUUUUGCCCGCACCCUCAAGACUUAUUAUUGUCGUUGAUUCAGAAGUCUCCAAAGAACUCGAAACGAUAAACCGGAAAUGGAACAACGUGUGACGUUUUUUUUUCUUUAUAUUUUGUACAAACGAAAAACUUGUUAUUUAUGAUUGUAAAAUGAAUUCGGUUACAAAUAUUUUGGUAUAUUUCGAUCAACGACAUUGGAAUAAAAAACAAAACAACCGUGUCAAGCUUCAGGUAUUAAUUUUUUCUCUAGUCUCCAGGCACUUAUUCUUUUCAUCACAAUUUUUUGUGAUUUUUUAAUAUUUUGAGCAAUUUUUUCGUACGCAGCGAAAAAUCACAUGUUUGAGCGACGAGUGCUUUGAAAGGCACUGUAAAAAUAUCUGGAAAACUUUUAAAUCGGACAAAAAUAAAUAAAAUAAAAUUAGUUUGAUCCAAAAGAAAUAGUUUCUGUAUGGAGGGUCUCCAUAUCCACGAGAACCACACUUUUUGUUUUGGUAAAUUGAGGUACGCAUAUCAGUCUCACAGUCUGACCAUUGUCGCCUGUAAUGAAAAGUUAAAACCACGAAAAUUAAUCUUGUAUAAAGAAGCUACUAAAUUUUUUUUGUGAAUUAAAAGUACAGGAACGUA